UUCUAUUUUAUGGUUUUUUCAUAUGAAUUAAACUAAAAACCCUAAUAAUAAUAAUAUUAUUUAUCUUAAUUUCUUUCUCAAAUAAUUCCAGGCGUAUCAUCAAAAUGGCAAAAGGUACCAGGGGAAGACGUAGGAUUCCUUCACGACACUGCAGAACCCCAUACUCAGUGCUCAGAUGCAGGCACAAUGUUUCAGAGGACGCGAGCAAGAAGAAAUCAUCACUGGUGAUGCCCAUUAAAGAUUGGGAAGACAUAACCUGCUCUGUAUGCAUGGAGUAUCCUCACAAUGCCGUUCUUCUUCUAUGCUCUUCUCAUGAUAAGGGUUGUCGCCCAUAUAUGUGUGGCACGAGCUCACGGUAUUCCAAUUGCCUUGACCAGUAUAAGAAUGCCUACACAAAAAUGGCUUCACCACAUGACUCUCUGUCUCCGCAAACAAACAAUGGUCCUGCUUUUGGCCAAAUUUCUGGUUGGCCAGUUGAGAAAUGUGAGGAAGGGUCCAAACUUACCUGCCCCCUUUGUAGAGGCCAAGUCAAAGGAUGGACUGUGGUGGAUUCGGCUCGAGAGUAUUUUAAUGCCAAGAAAAGGACGUGCAUGCAUGAUAAUUGUUCUUUUGUAGGAGGGUACAAAGAGUUGAAGAAACACGUGAGAUCCGAGCAUCCUUUUGCCAACCCACGUGAAGUGGACCCGGAUCAAGAGUUGAAAUGGAGACGGCUCCAACGAGAACGAGAGCGUGAUGAUGUCAUUAGCACCAUCACAUCCUCUAUGCCUGGUUCGGUGGUCUUUGGUGACUAUGUCAUAGAAAGUCACUCCAAUGGUCUAGAUUCUGAUGACGAUGAGGGUUUUGGUAGGGAAGUAGACAUGGGAGUCGAUGACAACUAUGUGAACAUGCUUGUUUUGCUUCAUGCAUUUGGUUCAGGUGGAAACACAGUCCGUUUUGGAGGGAUUAGAAGACGUGAUGGUAAUGAUGACGAUGAUAAUGAUAAUGAUGGUAAUGGUAACAACAAUGGGAUGUCACUGGUUAACCGCCUGCGCCGCCAUGGUAGAGUUUUAUUAGGAAGAUCGGGAAGGCGAAGGCGGCAUAGAGUAGUCAACAGAGAUCAAACAUAGCUGUACAAAAGGUAAGUGAAUGUAAAGAAGGGAAUCAGGGAGAUGUCAAAAUUGUAGUUUAAAGGUAGUUUUGGGAGAGAUAAAUGGAGAAGUGGUUUCUAUGCUUCCCAGUCACCUGUCAGCAAUUGUAUCCAUUAUUGCCUCUCACGGAGGAGCUCCGACGUGAAGCCCUGACAGAAUCAUGAAAUGUUUCUUAUUUAUCUUUUCAUUCGUUGACCGUAGGUUCGGACGACAAAAACCUUCUAAUUUAUGUUUGUAAUUUACUGAUUCCCUAGACCUGUUUACGUUCCUGACAUUCAUGAAUCGAAAAACAUUCUUUGAAUCUGAAUUGCGUCGUUGUAAAGAUGCAUUUUCUUUCUUCAGAUGUUCUUUGUGUAGGCCUUUUGAGAUGAAGCAUUAAUGAUUUGGAUGUUGGUAUCA